AUGACGACCACCCUGGAGACCCUGCUGGCCCACCCGGACCAGGAGCUGGGCCCCGAGUGGCUGGACGGCUGCCAGGACUCGGCCGGCCGCUACAAGGUGGUUCCCUCCGUCGUCUGCUCCAUGUGCUGCCUCUUCGGCAUCAUCUACUGCUUCUUUGGAUAUCGCUGCUUCAAGGCGGUGAUGUUCCUGACGGGCCUCAUGUUCGGCUCCGUCGUCAUCUUCAUGCUCUGCUACAAGGAGCGCGUGCUGGACACCCAGCUGAGCGUGGAGGCCUCAGUGGGCAUCGGCCUGGGCAUCGGGACGCUCUGCGGCCUGGUCACCAUGCUGGUUCGCAGCGUGGGCCUCUUCAUGGUGGGCCUGCUGCUGGGCCUGCUGGUGGCCGUGGCCACCCUGGUGGGCAUGGAGGAGCUGUCCGACAGCCCCCCGCGCUCCGUCUGGGUGCCCCUGGGCGUGCUGCUUGGCCUGGGCAUGCUGUUCGCCGUGCUCACCCUGCAGUGGCAGCGGCUCUUUACCACGCUGUCCACGGCGGUGUUCGGCGCGGCGGUCAUCACGGUGGCGCUGGACUACUUCAUAGAGCUCUUCGCCCUCGUGUUCUACAUGUACGAGCGGAUAAAAGCCGAGUCCGGGAAGCCGGUGUGCUGGCUGACGUGGGUGGUGCUCGGGGUGUGGCCCGCCCUCACCCUGCUGGGCGUCAUGGUCCAGUGGAAGGUGACCGCUGAGGGAUACUCCCACACCAAGGUGAUCAUCAGCCGGCAGCAGAGGAGGAUGCAGGUGAUGCGGAUUCGCCAGCGGGACGACCGCUACCGCAACAAGAAGAAGAAGAAGCAGCAGCACGGCUCCACCUCCCACCAUCACCACCAGGCCAAGCAGCUCCACGCCGAGCAGGCCUACCGCCGCAAACCCAACCCCAUCCGCCGCUACGACACCGACGUCCUCUCGCCGAGCUACAUCCAGAGUUUUCGGGACCGGCAGGUGCAGGCCCAGCCCUUCCCGGGCCGGCUGGUCGGAGGCUCCCAUGCCGUGGUGGAGAUGGGCUACGACUGCGGAUCCACGACGCCCCUCACUGGAGCUGCAGGACCUUCACUACGGGUCUGACACCUCCGCCACCUCCCGGAGGCCUGAACACACCACUGCACCAGGGAGAUACGUGACUCUGCAAUCACUACCCCACCUGGGUGUAACCACGCCUGUGCCGGGACAAACCACCACUGGGUUCAAAUGCAAAGAUUCUGGGUUUAGCCACACACCUACGAGGAUAGAAAAUAGCCCUUUACUAAUUAAAUGUUGGACCAUAAAUCUCCUGGAGCCAUCAGUGUGGUGCAGAGGUUCGAUUGACCUCUAUUUCACUGUCUGUCAGUAGAUCCAAAUGCACUAAAUGCAUGCAUGCACUUAACACAAACACACACUGCAGCUACAAUCUUAAGGGGUCCGUUCGAAAACCCGAAGCAGCCUGCCGGACCCGACCUGUGCGCUAAAACAGAUCAGGGAUCAGACUGCAAACCCGCCUCAGGUUCUGACACAGGCUUCAAAACACAACUCUGCUGUUUCUACCACCGUUCCUCAACCGAUGCUGCAGAAGCAACUAGUUCCUCAGCCUGUAGGCCUCUUUAGAAGUCAUCUACGAAGGGAGGUAAAGGCCCUUCAAUGCAAACCGGGAUCCUUUAUUUGCUUUCUGUGCCAUCUGGACUACAAUUAAUGUCGUUUUUAAAGAGGGGGAAACCCUUUGUCACCCUUGGUGCUGGACAAUACACUACUUCAAGCGUCAGACUGCUCUCUGAAGGCCCGGGGAUCUGUUUAAACGGGUGCCUUGCCCCUCCUCGGACUGUGCAGCGCAGCGACAGGAGGGGGGUUACUGGCAGGUUCCCCAUCAGUGGCUUGUUUUUGCAUUAAAUGUGAGGAUUCUUCAGGGGAGAGGAGGGAUGUAGCCGCGGAGCUACAGCGAGCAGGGUAUAACGUUUCUGGAGUCGGCUUGUUGUCUUCACAGAUGCCUGGAUAUGUGAGGAGGAUUUGCUUUCAGCUGAGGAGGUCUUGUUUACACUGGCACCUCGGGAGAGCUCGCCCCAGACAUAUGUAGGGGGAUGUUUGAGAAACUGUGCUGGACAUUUUAAUCACUGCUGUGAAAAACAAUCUCCAGGAGACGGCUUGAAAUGCGAAUCAGAGCAGCUGAAAGAUUUGUAGACCAUCGGCGAGGGUGUUAAACUUCUAAAUCUGAGGUCAUACUGGAGUUAAACUUUGCUAUGAAAUCCAGGUGUAUACGUUUGUGGGGUUUGUUAUGACUUAAAAUCUGUAGAUGAUAACUCCCAAACAAGAUUUUUGAUGCUUGAUGAUGCUAAUGCUAAUGCUAAUAGCUCACUCCCUCGUAUUUUUUUUUGAUGCGAGACGAACAAAAGACCGAGUUUCCACAAGUCCGACAACAGCAACACAAACGAGCGGCUUGAAGUUGGCUAACUUGCUGCUAGCCGACGAGUUAGCCAAGCUCGAGCUUAGCUGCAUGAUGGCUCCUUCUAAAAGCUAAAACGUUAAACUAAAAGAAUAAAGAUUUUUUCCGCAAAUAUGACCAAAAACAUCUUCUUAUUAAAACCAUGUGCACUGUUGUUAUUUUAGCAAAUGAGGGGUUUAGAGUUGGCUACCUUGCUGCUAGCCCGCUAGUUAGCCAAGCUCGAGCUUAGCCGCACGAUGGCUCCUUCUCAAAGCUAAAAAAAACACAAAAAAAUAACGUUUUUUGACCAAAAACAUCUUCUUAUUAAAACCACGUGCACUGUUGUUAUUUUUUAACAGAAAUGGACGUUUCUGUUAAAAAGCUAGCCAGCUAAUUAGCCUAGCUAGCUAGCCUUUACUUUCCAAGUUGAGCUUAUCUGUGCGAUGGCUCCUUUUGAAACCAACGUGAGAAGCUUUUUCUGCAAACAUGACCCAAAACAUUUCUAUCCUCUUUUAGAAACCAUGUGCUCUGUUGUUGGAAGUUGUGUGUUUGAACUGAAAUGGAAAAUUUAAGCCAGUGGAAGUCGGUAAUCAGUUGCAUUUGUGCUUCAGGCUGCUAAUUUCAUCUAAAUUCACAGUUUUAGGCUGCGUUUCAGUUUUUCAAUCAUUGUCUUUAGCUGCAAAGAAACCGCUUCCUGGACCGUUUUUUUUUAAAAGCCAAAAAAUCGUCUGAGAAAUGUGAGAAAGCCUUUUGAACGGACUACAGCGAGGUGCCGGUGUAAACAGGCUGGAGUGUGAAUGAACAAAGUGGACUCGUGGCCAUAACAACUUGUACUUAGACCAACUCCUUCCAUCAUGUGCAUUGACUUUUCUUUAUCUGGGACGUUUGUUUUUUUGUCAACAGUGAAAAUGUGAAUAC